AAUCCACUCCAGUUGGAAUCUUGUGUUUUGGAUCGAGAUUCAUUAACCGCUGCCCGCGUCUCCAAUUCGGUUGUUUGCGAUUCCAUCUGCUCCAAGUCCAGACUACCAAUCCUUGCAAGAAUGUCGAAGCCCAGCUACAAAGUCGCCGAUAUCAGUCUGGCGGAAUGGGGACGCAAGGCGAUCAUCAUUGCGGAGAACGAGAUGCCCGGCUUGAUGGCCUGCCGCAAGAAGUACGGUCCCUCGAAGAUCCUCAAGGGCGCCCGCAUCACUGGCUGCCUGCACAUGACCGUCCAGACGGCCGUCCUCAUCGAGACCCUCGUCGAACUUGGCGCUCAGGUUCAAUGGUCCAGCUGCAACAUCUUCAGUACCCAGGAUAAUGCUGCGGCGGCGAUCGCUGCCACCGGUGUGCCGGUGUACGCCUGGAAGGGCGAGACGGACGAGGAGUACCUGUGGUGCAUCGAACAGACCUUGGUCUUCCCCGACGGCCAGCCCCUGAACAUGAUCCUCGACGAUGGCGGCGAUCUGACCAAUCUGGUGCACGAGAAAUUCCCCCAAUACCUGAAGGGCAUCAAGGGUCUGAGCGAGGAGACGACCACUGGCGUUCACAAUCUGUACAAGAUGUUCAAGGAGGGUCGCCUGGGCAUACCCGCGAUCAAUGUCAACGAUUCGGUGACCAAGAGCAAGUUCGACAACCUCUACGGUUGCCGGGAGUCGCUGAUCGAUGGCAUCAAGCGCGCCACGGACGUGAUGAUCGCCGGCAAGGUUUGCUGCGUGGCCGGAUACGGCGAUGUGGGCAAGGGCUGUGCCCAGGCGUUGAAGGGAUUCGGCGGCCGUGUUAUCGUCACCGAGAUCGAUCCGAUCAACGCUCUGCAGGCGGCAAUGGAGGGCUACGAGGUGACCACCAUGGAGGAGGCCAGCAAGGAGGCCUCCAUCUUUGUGACUACCACCGGCUGCCGGGACAUCAUUACCGGCGAGCACAUUCUCCAGAUGCCCGACGACGCGAUCGUCUGCAACAUCGGUCACUUCGACAUCGAAAUCGAUGUCGACUGGCUAAACGCGAAUGCCAAGGAGAAGGUGAACGUGAAGCCACAGGUGGAUCGCUACACGAUGCCAAAUGGCAAGCACAUCAUCCUGUUGGCCGAGGGUCGUCUGGUGAAUCUGGGCUGUGCCCACGGCCAUCCCAGCUUCGUGAUGUCCAACUCCUUCACCAACCAGGUGCUCGCCCAGAUCGAGCUGUGGACCAAGUCCGAUAAGUACGCCGUUGGCGUUCACGUCCUGCCCAAGAUCCUCGACGAGGAGGUGGCCGGUCUGCAUCUGGAGAAGCUCGGCGUGAAGCUCACCAAGCUGACGGACAAGCAGGCCAGCUACUUGGGCGUCGCGCAGACUGGUCCCUUCAAGCCCGAUCACUACCGGUACUGAGCACUUGAUCCCGAACCAACCGCCAACCGGUUCCGAACCCGUAACCAAAUCCGAGUCCGAAUCCGAAUCGGACCCACUAGUUAUCUAUUGCUUGCGCAUUUCACUGUUCACCUAGGCUCCAAUAAAAACUCAUCUCACGUACUCUCAGCGAGAGAAAAACCCACAA